GUCCAAUUGCUCUCGAAGCGCUCGAGCCACUGAGACCAACAAAUUGACUAAACUAGGCUACAGUGCAUGACAGUUUUGAAGGGCAUCUCAGUCAGGAUGGGAAAUGGAAUCAACAAGGUUCUACCUGACCUCUAUUUGGGUAACUUCAAAGAUGCAAGGGACAGAGAACAACUAGCAAAACACAACAUCACACAUAUUCUGUCCAUCCAUGAUACAGCUGCUCCUAUUCUUCAGGAGAUGACCUAUCUGUGCAUUCCAGCAGCAGACCUGCCCACACAAAACCUCACACAGCACUUCAAAGAGAGCAUCAUGUUCAUGCAUGAAUGUCGUUUGAAGGGCGAGGGCUGUCUUGUUCACUGUCUGGCGGGAGUGUCCCGGAGCGUGACGCUGGUGGUGGCCUACAUCAUGACGGUGACUGGCCUGGGCUGGCAGGAGGCGCUGGCUGGGGUGCGGGCAGCGCGACCCUGUGCUGGGCCCAACCAGGGCUUCCAGCGGCAGCUGCAGGAGUUCGAGCAGAACGAGGCCCAGCAGUACAGAGAAUGGCUGAGGCGGGAGUACAAGGAGAACCCGUUUGAAGAUGCGGAGCACCUCCGCAGCCUGCUGCUCCAGGUCCCGGAGUCCGUCACGGUCUCGCCUCAGGACACCUGAACCAAACCGCUCCCGCGAGCACCUGCGUCUUUUACCGACAGACACAUGUAUUGGGCCCCGUCGGAGCAUCCCCUGAGAACUGUGCUCUGACAUUUGUGGGUUUUCAUCCACGCAAGAUGAGUCGACCAUCACACAUUAUUGUAAAGGAAGGGCUUUGGGCAUAAGAGGUUAUGUGUUCAUGGUCUGUUUUGUGGCACAACACUGUUAUUCAAACCUGUUAUGGUCUUUACUGCCAACGUUUGCGCUAUGAUGAAGUGCUAAUCCACUUUUCUUAACUUCUGUCUUUUUUAUGUACUCAUAUGAUGAUCACUGCCCUGUAUUUAUUUGUGUUCUGUACUCUAAAACUCCAUUGUCAACAUCUACCAAUAAGUUGACAAGCGAAUUGAGUGAAUGUGUGAAUUCUGCUUUGUCCAAAUGGCCAGGAGAGACUAAAACCCUGUCGGUGGGGAGUGUGUGUGGACAGCUGCAUUCACAGUCAAGACAGAGCACAGCACAUACACAAGUACUUGACUGGCAGGUCAACAACUGCCACUAUUUAUUUUCGUUAUUGUCACAAUUUUACCUGUUGUAAAGCUAUGAAAUUAUGGUCUGAACCUGUGAUAUUUGUGUUGACAGCAAUGUCAUUAAAGAGAUUCUUUGAAA